GCUCAAUUCGAUGUACGAAAUAUCGCGACGGUCUGUUAACACUAACAAAUAUGAGGAGCUUUACACAAUUUGGAGCAACUCGUAUCUGGCACUACAAGGAGACGGUACAAUUCGUAUUUUUGAAUUAUCUUAUAAUUUACGAUGUACUGACAAAAAAAUUGAUUGCAUAGACUAUUCUAUAGAGACUCCUACUAAAAGUCCUGCUUCAGAUUUAUUCGGCUUCAUAAGUAAAGGAGUCAGUGGAAUAGACCUUGUUCAAAUGACCAUGGAUACAGCAUUGUGGUCAUACAACAAGCAUCUUUUACAAAAAGCGUCCGAUAUUCUCACAUUUGAAUGGUCUCCAAGAGGCAUGAUGUGGAAUAAUGGUUUUAUUUUAGCAAUCUUAAAUAAUGUAGGCCAUAUAGAGUUUUAUAAAAAAUGCAAAAAAACAUGGACAGUUGUACAAAAUUUAUCUGCUCUUGUGAUUAAACAAUUGAAUAGUACCUUAGUAAGAGAAUCCAAUGACAUAGACACAAUAAAAGUAUGUGCAUAUACUUUGGUAACAUCUGCAAUAUGUUGGGCACCAUUUAUAAACAAAGACAAUUCUACCUAUUUUGUGACAGUUCAGAAAAAUGGAAUCAUUAUAUUCUGGUUAAUAAAAGAGGAGGACAAAAACAUCAAGGUGACAUACAUCGAUCAAAUAAACACAGAUUUUAGAGAUAUAAUUUCAAUUAAAUGGAUACCUAGAGCUUCAAAUUUUGUUAUGUUGUGCUCAAAUAGUGAAGGUCAAAUAUUUUUAUUGGAAUGUCUACUAAAUGAAAAGGUAACAUUACAAAGCAGCCAUAUGUUGUGGCGUCACAAAGAUCGAAUGCCAGUUAAACAUUGUGCCUAUGUAAUAUUGGAAGACAAAAUAAUGUAUGUAUGCAAUAAACAUAGACAUUUAUUAGCUCAAUUGGUUACUAAUGACAAUAAAGUUUUAGCACAGCAUGUAAAAAAUGUAAAUGAUUAUAAAAUAACAGAUAUUUGCAAACAUAAUAAUUUCUUUUAUAUCUCAACUGUUAAUGGAUGCAUGUUUAAAAUGAAUUAUGAAGUCACUGAAAGAAAUCUUGAUAUUCAAUAUGAACUAAUAAAUUUGAAAGAUUUCAAUCAAUCAUACGAACUACACAGUUGUAGUUUUAGUGAAAAUGGAGCUAUACUAGCUACAACAGUAAUUGAUAGAAAAAUUAUGAAUAGAAAAUCACAAAUGAAAUUAGAAAUUAUAUACUACACUCCAUCAGAUACCGAUUUCCCCGAAUUUUUGAUAUUACUGAAUAAUCCCACAAAAAAACUAACUAAUUUCUGGGACUGUAUGGAAGUGUUACGGUUCAAAAUGAUGAAAUGGAGACGAUUGCCUGAAUAUGAUUAUAAGGCGUUACUAUUAGAAGGAGAGACAGAUAUUUAUAAACUGAAAGUAUAUUUAAUUGUUCUCAUUAUCUGCAAUGUUUUAGAAGAAAAUUUCAAAAUAGAUAAAGGCAAUCUGCCAGAAAGGUCAAUUCAAAUAAUUAGAGAAAAAAUAGCAAUUGCUCAUUCUAAAACUUUGUUAAUUAGUCUUUAUAAUAAAUCUUAUCAAAAUCAUAUUCCAUUAUCUGAUUUUGAAGAGGAAUGUUUUGUUGGAUGCAAAAAUUAUCUGGAAGUUACCAAUAAAAAGUAUAAAAGCGACUUAGGUAUUUCAAAUAUUAUAAGCUUAGUUGAUAAAGAAUAUAAUUACACAUGCCAGUGUUGUGACAAAAUAAUAAAUGGAUUUUCUUGUGAAGAUGGCCACUUGAAUGCAUUUUGUUCUUUAACAUAUACUCCUAUUGAAAAUGAUGAUUAUUUAGUUUGUAAAAGUUGUGGAGUUACAGCAAGAUACGAGUUAAUAAAUGAUAGACCUAUGUGUAAAUUCUGUGAUUUGUACUUACAAGGGGACUUAUAAAUAAAAACAUGU